AGAAACUGCUCAAAUAUUACCCUCACUCGAGCAGUUUCUUGAAAAUUUAUCUGGCUGUGGCUUGUUUCUGUUUCGAGAGGACUACUCCACUCAAAUCAAUCAGAGAGUUCUUUGUUGCUUUCGUGGCCUGAAAAUAUUUUCCUACAGGCAAGAUGUCCGAAUCCCCCCAGACCGCAGGCAAGCGUAAGAGAGCCAGGACUCAGUCUUGCCCGCCUCCCGAGCUCCCCCAGCUCGUGGCCGAACAACAUACCCCGAUUCCGGCUCAUGAUAAAGACACGCAGCGUUUGAUUGUGGUGCUUUCCAAUGCCAGUCUUGAGACCUACCGGGCCUCUCAUGGCGGACGGAACGGGGCUGCCCGUGAGGAGAAGUACUCGCUGUUGAACAGCGACGAACACAUUGGAAUCAUGCGCAAGAUGAACCGAGACAUCAGCGAGGCUCGCCCGGAUAUUACACAUCAGUGCCUGCUCACCCUCCUCGACUCGCCGAUCAACAAGGCGGGCAAGCUUCAGAUUUACAUCCACACGGCCAAGGGUGUUUUGAUCGAGGUCAACCCGACUGUCCGCAUUCCUCGCACAUUCAAGCGGUUCGCUGGUCUGAUGGUCCAGCUGCUGCACCGUCUGUCGAUCCGCUCCACCAAUUCGCAAGAGAAGCUGUUGAAAGUCAUCAAGAACCCGAUCACGGACCACCUGCCCCCGAACUGCCGCAAGGUGACCAUGAGCUUCGAGGCCCCCGUGGUGCGCGUCAAGGACUACAUCGAAACGCUGAAGCCCAAGGAGAGUAUCUGCAUUUUCGUCGGCGCGAUGGCCAAGGGUCACGACGACUUUGCCGACACCUUCAAGGACGAUACGAUCAGUAUCAGUAAUUACAGUCUGAGUGCCAGUGUGGCCUGUAGUAAGUUUUGCCACGCUGCCGAGGAGGUCUGGGACAUUCUAUGAGCCUUGUGUUCUUCGGAUUCCCUGAACCCCUUCAGCCACCCACCCUGUCCGAGGCUUGACGGCGACGGACGACGGACGACGGACGACGACGACCGAUCAAAUACUAAACCGGCUCAAAAAAACUCACCGAUGGCAAAUAUUGAACGCGAUGGCAUGCCAAUUUGACUAAACAGGCUUCCCGAGGAAUAUAUAUGACUGCCUACAGGUUUCUCCAUCUGCUGAUCGAUCCUUUAGUGGAGUAUCUACAUUUCUUUACUUAUUUUCCUGUUUAAUUCUGGACUCCUGUCCAGAUUUGUAUUUCUCUGUUUUCUUUUGUCUCUCUCUUGUCAAUUGGCUUCUGUUUUUUUUUU